AUGGCGAUCUUGCCUGUGUGGUUGAUAUUUUUGGUUUGUUAUCUCUCAUUUAUCGUGAUUUUUAUGGUUAUUCCUGCGUCAUUGGGGUUUUCCUUUGGAAUUCGUAGCCUUUACCUAGCUACUCUAUAUAAAGUUUUUGAGGUAAGCUUCAGAAAAUUGUUUAAUUGAAAUGUGAACGUGAGCUUCAUGAACUCGCAGAUGAUCUUUGCUCUGACCAUCCUGUGCAUGUACUCUUUGUAUCAAGACGUGUUUCGUUCAUCACUAAAUUAUUUGAUCCCCGAAAUCUCGCCCCAGUUUUAAACAGUAAAUGUCCAAGUUUCUGUUGAUUAAAUGUAAAUUAAUUAUUGAUGGAUGCGGCGCUCCUUUUGUCUUCUCGUGAAUUGAAUGCUGUCCACAUACCGGCAGUAUUUUUUGUAUUAGAUACAAAACAGUACAGUCAAACCUGUAUUAAGUGGCACCGUAUUAAGCGGUCACCCUCUAUUAAGCGAUCAGUUUUCAAAGUCCCCGAAAUUACUUCUCUUGAUGUACUGUAAUUUCGACCUCUAUUAAGCGGUCACCUUUAUCAAGCGGUCGCGGUCACCAUUUGCGAAGUCCCAACGAGACUUUCUCUAUUGUCUUAACCUGUAUUAAACGGUCACACAGUGUUCAUACAGUUUCAAAUAAUGUAACACAUGAGGUACAACAAUAAUUGAUUUCCUUGUUUAUUUUCACAAAUCAUUAAAACGCCAGAAGUGAAUGUUUCUGUUUGAGGUCAAGCGUCUGUUCUGAUCAGCACUGGAGAUCUAAUUCUUUGAAAUGUAUAUCUUGCAACCUGUAUUAGGCGGUCACCCUGUAUUAAGGGAUCACUUAGCCAUUCCCCGAGGGUGACCGCUUAAUACAUGUUCGACUCUACUUGCCAUAUUGUUACUUGUUUACAGCUAUAUACUGGUUUACUGUUCUUUUUCCUCUUAGUUUGGAAGGAAAACUAUCCAGUCAAAGCAAGGAAUGAAAUCAAAUGGUAAUUAACCUAAUUUCAACCACUUACAAAUAAUUUAUACUUAGAUAAAUGUAAAUAAUUAGCAAUAAUUAUUUCCCUGCUAAGAGAGACCUCUUUUCCACGUAUUCGGCAGGCAGGAGGAAAAGAGACUCAUUUCUCUUCUAUUUUCUUUUUCUUUUCUCUGCCGCCACGGAAAAGAGGCCUCUGCUAUCAGGGAAAGUAGUUAUUGGAUGAGGCUGAGUAUGAUCUGAAGAAUUUUGGAGGUCGAGGAUCAUGGUGAUAAUACCCUCUGAGAUCUCCAUAAUUCUUCAGAUUAUAAGAAGGCUGAAUCCAAUAAUUGUGUCAUUAUUUUUAUUAAAUCCUAGAUAAGAAACAGCUAAAACAUGCUAACCUCGAUAUAUAUGUUAAGUUGCCAUCGUCAUUUGCCUGUUUCUUGGCAAGUUGAGGAGAUUAAGUGAUGUUUGGUUCUGCAGAAAAUCUCAAAUACCAGAUGCCGUCUGUCGAGUGGUAUUCUUGCUGUUCUUGUGAUGUCUUUUAGGUACACUUGUAGUAGUUUAGCUAUUUCUUUUUUGCAUGAAAUGUGUGCAAUGUUCCUCCAUUUUGUACUGCUCUACGAAAACAAUGUAGCCUUGUUCCCAGGGCCACUCGGUUGAAGUCCAUUUUUCUGGUAUUUAGGUUGUACUAAAUUUUUGAUGUCAUUUUCCACAUAUCACAAACAUCAUCCAAAUAAAUUUUUGUCAAUGCUAGCUGGUUUUAAUGAAUUAGCAGUGAGAUUUGAGCCAAAAGGAGAAAAUUUUUAAUGAAUAAUAAUUACAGUAAUUACAGUAUAAUCAAUUUUUUUUUCACUUGUUGUUGGAUGAAGAACCCCAUAUAACCCUUUACACAAUAUGGCUGAAUAGCUAAUGUAAGGGGCCAGCAAUUGACCAUCCUCUUUUUGUAUUUUUUCACUUUAUAACUGGAUGAAGAACAUUGCACCCUCUUCUUAACAAGUGUGAAUAGCGCUGCGUGCAGUUACUAUUGAUAGACCCAAAACUCAGACAAAAAUUGCAAAUUAGUCACUCUGACGUCAUUCACACGCUAUGCUAUUCAAACCUAAACCAAACAUGGCUUGCUUGCACAGCGUUUAACCUUUGGUUUUUUAUGUACUAACAGUGAGAAAGUCUUUGUACAAAUAUAAUUAUGAUCUUUUUCUCGGCAUGCACUCCUCCCCAAUGAACACCUCCUGAAACAAGCAGCAAAUUUCAUUUCCUGACGUAACAUGUUGUUAUUAUUGUCCUUGAAGAUUAAUGCUGAUUUAAGCUGUCAGGUUUCAUUUAAGUUUGGCUUUUUGUUUGUUUGGUGUAUGGAUGACAUGUACAGUUUUAUGAGUUAUGUUAUUAGCUCUUAAUAAUUAUUAGGUAAAUCAUGUGUUUAAAUAAAUAAACUUCCCUCCACUUACUACUGCAUGUAUAACUACUUACUAAUGCUAAUGUUUCAACAUAUUAAUUUUGUAUGAUAUUUUGUGAGAUUGAUUGUGUAUUAAGAUGACAUGAUGACUUAUUGAUAAAAUAUGUUUGAGAGGUGUGAUAUGUCUUUUUAUUGGUGAGUUGUCUUUAAUCUUGAAGAUGAUGUGAACUGCAGAAAUGCAAAUUUAAAUGAAGAUAUGAUCGUCGCAGUGGUAGUUACAAUUAAUUUUACAUAAUUGCAAAUUAAUUCUUAAAAAAAAAAUGUUGGGACUUCAAUGGGAUUCGAACCCAUGGCCUUUGUGUUAGCGCUGCAGACUGUGCUGUACCGACUGAGCUAUGAAGACCCAUACAUUGCUCCCAAUGUAUGGUGGGUCUGCUGCCUUUCAUUAUCAUUUUGUUUUGCUGCAUGUACAUCAAUGUUAAACUGCUAGAAAGGGUUAUUUUCGUUUUUCUUGUCUUUUAUAUUUUUGAUGACUCUUGCUUUAUAGACUUUUACCCUAUUCCUGAGGAGUUCAGACACUGUAAUCAAGGUUUCACUGCCCUGGGGUACUGCUGUAAUUUAAAAAGUGUUAAAAAGAAACUGCAAAUGUUCUAUGUUAAUUUUUUUUGUUAUUUUUAGUCAUUGAUAAAACGCCAGCAAAACCAACCAAAGGUAACCUUCCCAGGAAUAGAUCAUUUGGAACUUUUCAGCGAGAAUUCCAUAUGGGUGAUGCUGUUGAGUUCUGUGUCAAUGGAGUUGAGGUAAGAAAAUAAUGUUAUUUGAUGGUGAUGAGUGUUUGACCUAUCUGUUUUAAAAAGCAUUGAAAUUAUCAAGAGAGACUUGACGAUGAUCACUCCAAGGGUUUAGAUGAACAAUUUAGAGGGAAAACUAUAAUUGUAUGGGAAAUUAGAUUGAAGCCAUGCACACUUCAUCUUAGAUACAUAUGUACAUAUACAUAUCUAGCCAUUUUUUUAAAAACCAACCUAAUGAAAUUUGCUGUUAUUUGAGUAAAAAGGUGUCAAAGGGCAGGUUUUUGGGCCCGAUAAGCUCCAAAAUUGCACUAGCAAAGGAAAAGGAACGAAGAAAAAGAAAGAGUGAGGAGGAAGAAAGGAGGAGAAGAGAAAAAAAGCAGUGGUUUUAAUGAGUCUCUUAGUUUUUAUAAUGGCUACUUUGAAAACUGCUGGACACAAAAUGUCCAUUUGGUGGUAAUGUUUUCAAAAACCCAGCUAGAUACAUAUGUAUAAUUUUAUGUACAUAUAGGAAGGUCUUGCAAGAAGUGGUAUUUACCCAUAACUGACGUUCAAAUGUUGUAUAAUUAAAGUAGGUUACCAAUAGCUGAAUAGAUUUCCCUGAAUUAGACUCUCUGGUUGAAUACUUUUCCAUUUACUUCAAUGAUCAAAAUGAUUUACUAUGUACUAAACUCAAAAUUCCAUUUACCUCCAUCUAUCCCAGUGUGGGGCAAGGUUUGCAACAAAAGUCAAAUACUUAACAUGUGUCUCAUUUUCCAAGAACAUUUUCAAUUUGUGAGUAAUUUUUUUGCCUCAGUGGAUGAGGUAUUUUGCCAUGGCUAAAAUUCUACUAUCAAAGCUUUUCCUGCUUUCCAUAUCACCAUAAUGCCCGAUUAAAGCAUUGAAUUCUAUUUCCUUUAACCAUUUUCCCUGUAAAAUUUCACUAAUUUCUUAAUUUUGAUGCCAGACCUACAACUAUAAAAUUUUCCAGUCCACUUCCAGCAUUUUUUUAAUGCUUAUCCUAGCAAAAAUAAUAAGGAUGCAAUCAUGUAAUCCAAAGAUGACUGCAUCAUACAUGUGCGGUACCAAUCAAUCAUGUUUCUCAUGUUUUCAACUUUGCUUUGUUAUUCUUUGAUUUUACUGUGUGGUAAAAAAAAAGAAUUAUUCUUUUCUUUCUAGGCAAUCAUAGAUGAUGAAGUAACCAAGUGUUUUUCUGCAGAAGGUCAAUAACAUUUUAUAUUUUUAUUGGCUGUUAGAUUUUCUAGUGCAGUCCUACAUGUAGAUUUCUGUUUUGUUGUGCUCUCUUUUUUAUUUACAGAGGUGACCACAAUGUUAGUAUCGUAGGAGAAAAAUAAAAAUAAAUAUAUACUGUGCUACGACUGACAGUAAAAGCUCUUGUGAGUUCCCACUUUGGGAAUUCAUUAAAAUAUAUUGGUUGCCACGAGAGCUGGUGUUUUUCAAGAGUGAUUGUAUGAGUUGUAUUGUCCUUUGAGUAAGAGUAACCACUGGUCCAUGCAGCACAAGAGGGGUUGAAUGUGACUGUACUUCAGUCAUGAUCUCUUUAUUCUCCAUCUUUAGAAAUCCAAGGGUAGUUAAAUAAAACAAAUAUGUCACGAAAAAAAAAAAAUUAUUUGAAAAAAUAUAUUUAAGAAAUCGUCACCAAUGAUGCAUAAAUGCCAACUCUCCUGGAUUAUCCAGUAGUCUGCUGGAUAUGACACGAGUUAUGAGGUUUUUGGUGCUUUAAUUUGGAAUUUAUCCAAUUUUUCUUUUGGUUUCUUGGGCAUUUUUGCAUGUAUUUCAUCAAUGAGAAAUAUUAUUUCGCCAUUACUAUCAAAAAAGCGAAUUGUGAUGGUCUGUACGUCAUGUAAGACUUCAUAUAAUGUCCUAAGCCAUUCCCAUGUGAUAAAUCAGGGACUGGAUCAAAUUGUACUUAUCAGGAGGUCAGGGUCGAGGUCGGGGUCAGGGGGGUGUUCAUUGAUAUUGGGGGGGGGGUAAUGCAAAAGAGAGGGUGUUUAGAGUCUUUACCUUACACAUCCAUUUGCAGAGUUGGUAUCUUGGAAUUUUCUGACCAGAACAAAUGAGAAUUAUCAUUAUAUAAGGUGAGAAUUAAGCCUAAGGGUGGGUCUGAACUGGAAAACAACUUUUACUAUGGGCAUGUGAGAAACAGGUGUUGUGAAUGCAAAAAUGUUUAUUUACAAGAAGCAAAAAUGUGGAUGUUUUGAUCAUAAUAUUGUUAUUAAAUAAUACAAGUAGACUAAUGGAACUGGAUUAUAAAAUGUUCAAGAUCUAAUCCAGUUCCACCAGUCUACUCAUAUUCUGCUCUAGUUCAACUAUUGAGCACUCUUAUAGUUGAUGAGGACAUCACUCUUGUACUUCGUUACUAAAUAAUAUAUAUUUUUUCAGGCUUCCUUUUUGCAACUGCAAAAGUUGCAUUCAUAAUAUUAUUAUAAUGAUCUUCUUUCCAUUAAGAUGUUGUAGUUGAUUACACAAGUACAGUGAAGGUGAUCCCUUUGCAUCUAUUAAAAUACACACAGUCAGCCGUAGUAACACAAUGUAUUUUAAAACUCUUCAAGAUGCUACUGAUUUCUGUCAACUGCCUUGUAUUAUUUUAUAGUUUGAAGGAUUCCACUUUGAGGAGGCUACAUUUUCAAAAGAUAUUGAUGUGCAUAAAAAUAAUAAUUUAUUUACUAUCUUUUGAUACAGCGUUAAAUUGACGAUAAUGUGGAUAGUUGGCUGUUUUAUUAGAUACGUCAUCUUAUUCCCCAUGAGGUGAGUUCAGAUGCAGUUGUUAUACAUGUACAUUUUUGUGCAUUAGCCAACAUAUACAGUAUGUGAUAAGAUGCAAGUGAGAUCAGUAAGCAUUUAACCCUUUCACUGCCAGAGUGUUUGAUGGAAUUUUGUAAGGUGACUCUAACUUUUGAGUCUGUGGACGAAAUCCUAUGAUGUGACCAUUCAAUUGAAAGCUCUCUGCCUGUUCUUACACAUGAUGCUAUAAGUUUCUCAAAAUGUUACAAAAUGAAAUUUGGAAAUCUGGUCAAAAUUUGCCUUUGGCUACAUUUGGCAGUGAAAGGGUUAAUGGAUCUACUCUAAGUGAAGUUCGGCCUUUAUGGAUAUUGUGACCCCUAUUGACAGUUUGCACCCUUUUCAGUAUUCACGCACCCCAUGAAGUCAAUAUCUAUAGCCAUUUCAGCAACCAACCUUGACAAUUACACAGAAAAGGGGGGACUUACACUCUUUCCCAUUUGUCAUUUUAAACCUUGUCCACUGGAAUGAUGAUGUUUGGUUUCUUACUUUUGGACAAGGAGAAUUGUGGGCUUUUGUCUAGUAUUAUAUUUCGCCAGUUGGUGGGGCUGUACUGAUAAUCGUAAUAUCCCUUUGCCUCAUCAGGCUUACUGUUUUCCUUAUUGGAAUGACAAUAUUGAUCACAUCUAGAAUUUUUAUUGCACAACUCCCCAAAUCCAGGUUAGUCAACAUUAAUUUAUAUUUUGCUGUUGCAAAUAAUUGCUUCAGUUGUUUGGAUGAUUGUUAUCCUUCCUUGCAUGCCUCUUGUGCUUACCCUUGCCCUUGCCCUUUCCUUUUCCUUUUAAACGUCUGCCACGCCCGAAUUUCCCCAUCCCCUUCAGGGGCACCCAACGACGGUUUCCUCUUAAAUACAUUGAAAACACUUUUUAGACUAUCCAGAGUACUUUUAGAUCUCUGUUCAUGUAUUCUAAGCUGCGCUAUAAGAUUUGUAUCUGUUCAGUCAUCUUAGGAGAACUAGAGUCUUUUCGAAGUUACAAGGGCUUCAGUAUUAUUUUCCCAAAAAUUUAAGCUGCAAUUUAACGUACUAUGAAAAUGAGAAUUUUUCUGAUUCUUCUCUCCAUAACGUUUUUGAAUCCGAAAGUUUUAGGUUUCCUUUUUUCUGCGAAAAAUAGCCCAACCUGGGUAAUGAAAUGUGAAAAAUUAAACUUCAGAAAGUUGCAGGUAAUUUAUAGGAUAAGCUUCGAAAAUUGUACAUGAAUGGAAUGGUCAUCUAGAAAUUUUUAGUCGUCUUCAAGUAAUAGAAAAUUCUAGGCAAUGUUUGCUUCUCUGAACAGAUAUUUAACUGAAAACAGUCAUUGGGUGUUCCUGCCCCUUUCCCUUUUAGCUCCUUUUAACGCCUGCCAUGCAGGCUUGGACGAUGUUUUUCAUUCACGAUUUGCAUUUCUUUUACCAUGUUGUACAAGUGCUCUUUUAUUCUUUUUAAGUUCUGUUUUAUUUUUCUUCUUUGUAGCUUCAGGAACUGGCUAGAUACCAAACUCAUGCUGAUCUCAUUUAGAAUAUUUGCAAGAGCUGUGUCUGCAGUUAUCACAUUUCACAACAAGUAAGUUAAAGCUUUAUGUUAAAGCUUUAUGUUAAAGCUUUAUAAAUUAUUCCGUUUUUGUCAGCGCUGACAUUAAUUUAUUUACGAGAGAAAAUUAAAGUGAAAAGUAAUGAUCUGCUUAAAUUAACCAAUGAUUAAUUGUGACCGUGGUUAAAUUUGUGUUGGAUGUCAUUGUUGGUUUUUUUGCUCUGCCUUUGUUGACAUGGUUUACGGUCAUCUCGCCACCAAGAAGUCGACUCGCCGCCAACCAGUCGCCACCAAGAAGUCUAAUUACUUGGUGGCGAGUUGGUUGGCGACGAGUCAACUUCUUGGUGGCGACUUCUUUGGUGGCGACUUCUUUGGUGGCGAGAUGACCGGUUACCAUUGACAUGUUGUCCGUUUGUUCUUUGGUCUUGCUGAUAAGACUGUUGUGUUUCUUGUUUGAUUCUGGGUCCGGUUUCUUUUAAUGCCACAGGUUGGUCUUGGUAAAAUGUACUUUUCUUAAAGAAAUUAUAGUGCAUUAAUUUCUUUAUUUUGCAGGGAAAACAUGGCAAAGGGUGGAGGAAUAUGCGUAGCAAAUCACACCACUCCUUUAGAUGUGUUGAUAUUGAUGUGUGAUCGCUGCUACUCUCUGGUAAGUCAUUAAUUUUUAUCUCAUGAAAAGUAAAGGCAACAAGACAACUGAAUAGUCGUUGCACAUUCCUUAUUAUCCUAUGAGUGUUUUCCUUUGUCUUUUUUUUCCUGAAGUCGUGUAUGUUUUUUUUUGCACCUGUUGUUAGGUUGGUCAGCGUCAGCCUGGGUUGUUUGGAUUCUUUGAGAAGACCCUUGCUAAGACCCAGGAUCAUAUUUGGUUUGAAAGAACCGAGAUGAAGGACAGAUUGAUUGUUACAAAAAGGUAAAAAUUGGGAAAAGAAGUCAAGCGGAAAUAAGCCGCCGCGCGUGAACUGGGGAAGAGGGUAGUGGUGGGUAGAGAAGUUAAAGAGAGAGCCGGUUACUCUCUCCCCAACCCCCGCGCGUUUUUCGCAUCAGUUUUCACGAUGUCUGCACGAGACGAGGACGACUACGAGUAGGAAAUUUUCUCAAUACUAAGUAUUGUUCGCGGGUGAACCAGCGUCAUUUUGGCGGGAAAGCGUGAUAGCCAGCAUCGUCAUACUACUACGAGUUUAAGCGAGAUUGUCGUAUUGGCGGAAACUAGUUCUCAAAUGUUAAAAGUUUUAUCAUUCUGAGCCGGAUCAAUUCUUUGUCUUUACUUUUUUGUCACUCCAGUUCAAAUUCAGUGUCCAUUCCUGUAUACUUUGUUUCUUAAUUGCAUUCCCUGCCCAUCCAUUUGCUUAUUUUCUUAUUUCCGGUUAUUUACUUCAAACUCCCGAUAACUCGGACUUUUUUCGAUUUCCCUAGAAGGUUCGAGUUAUUGUGAGUCGACUGUGCGCGGAAAACCUUUCAGUCAAAUCUAGUACUCGUAGUCGUUCUCGUUAUCAAAUCUAAUGGUCUUAGACCUGGGAGUCUGGAACAGACUAUAUGAGCCAAAACAAGAUACAAGCAUCUGGCCUGAACAAAGCGUCCAUUACAUUGUUUGACAGGUUUGGAUUUUAAAUGCACCUAUUUGAGCUAGGCGUGACUUUACUCUCAGUCAUGUCCAUUACUGUCGACAUGAUACAAAUGGAAAAACUUGCUUUAUUACAAAUUGUUCGAGUGGGCAAGUUAUGGCUUAAUCGUGUUGUGCUGGUAUUUGGAUCUUAAGUUGAUUUUACCCUUUCUGGUUACCCUCAAGGUUAAGAGAACAUGUGGAAGAUGCCAGUAAAAACCCGAUAUUGAUUUUUCCAGAAGGUGAGUGACUUUUCACUGCUGCUGUUUGAUGCACUAAAAUACAGUGAAAUUCAAUUUAGAUUAUACAUCAUUGUAUCAGUAGUGUAUAGUUAUGUGGUUUGUAUAGGCGAAUCUUUAACUGACGUCGUUGUCUACAUUUUUUGCUCACUUGCAUGCGAGUUAACCCAUAGAAGGCGUCACCGUAUGCACAAAUUAAACUCUAAUGCUGAAAGAGUUGGUUAAUUUGAGCAAUUUGAGCAAUUUUCACCUCUUUGCAAGCAAUAACGAAGGAAAUACCAGCCAUCGAAAACUGCGAAAUUGCUGGGUGGCAAAAACGUUAAUAAGCUCGUACGCUGUUUGUAGAGUUUCGAGUUUUUCUCCGAAACUAUUUGGUAAAACGGGCUCAUAUAGUUUUAUGUAGAGUCCACCUUGCGCCAUUUUAUGAUAACAUUAGUUUCCUUGUUAAACGCUCUGGAGUCUUCGUUUAAAUCGCUACAUAAAUAAAAAAUAAUAACUAGUAAUAUUAGUAAGGCGGUAUUUUUUACCCUAGGAACGUGUAUCAACAACACCUCAGUGAUGAUGUUCAAGAAAGGCAGUUUUGAAAUCAGCGGAGACAUUUACCCUGUAGCGAUCAAGGCAAGUGUGUUAAGAGCCAGUCAUUGUCUUGCUUUCGUUAUGAGCUGAUCAAAUAGGAAUCUGGACAUGUUUUAGUGUUGUUUUAUUUUGUUUCUCUCUACAGUAUGACCCAACGUUUGGAAAUGCAUUUUGGAACUCCAGUACUGAAGGAUUUGCAUUGUACCUGUUUCUUCUGUUGACCAACUGGGCGCUCGUUUGCGAUGUCUGGUAUCUCCCACGAAUGACCCGUUUGGUAGGUUUUAAACAUAGCACAUCUUUUGCUGUCAUGUGAUAACCGUUAGUGGUAGAGCCCUUCUCUUCCUGCUCUGCAGAUUCGAGUUUUGAAGUCGCCACAGGACUAGUGAUCCCCAAAGCAGUUUUCUACUACGCGGUCGUUAGACUACGACUGGUGUUGUAUUUGGAAAGGCACUGAACAGUAAUCACACCAAAACGUGGCCCUUAAACAGGUUCCCGGGGGAUGAGGGACGAGGGAGCCUGUAGACUUUGUUUGAUUGCCGCCGAUUCAUGGUACCGGAGUCACGUCUGAUUGGUCUAAUUGCUCUCCUCCUUCGCUUACCCCUCCCUGUCAGCUCGCGCCUUCCUGCUUUCUAUUCGCUUUUUACGCUAAAAGAGAGCUUGUUCCCAGGCUAACCAAAGCACAAAAGCUGACUUCACAAUAGUCUCUGCGACAAGACUAAGAAGCACCCCAUUUUGUCGACUGGGUUUUACUUGCACGUGCUUUAGUUUCUAUGGAUGACAAUAACCCACCACACAAACCGCGGUAUAGCUUUUUAAGAGUCCUGACAUGCUUUGUGAUAUACAUUUGUCGGUAGGAGGAUGAAACCGCCGUCCAGUUUGCAAAUCGUGUCAAGACAGAGAUCGCUCGGCAAGGGGGGCUUGUUGACCUAAUCUGGUAAGCUAGGAGUAUUAAUGAUAGAUAGCUUAGAUUUUUUCAAAAAUGAGGUCCUGUCUUAAUUUCCAGCUGACAGUUUUUUGGAGUUAGGCCAAAGCUACUCAUGCAGUUGUGGAUCACCUCGACAAAUUUUUGUUCUUUAGCGAACCCCGAAAGAUUCUUCAGCAGACAAUUAACACGUGUGAAAUGUUCCACAUAUAGAUUGCGCCUGGCUUCCUGGUGGAAUUGUGUCUCACUUUAAUUUAAGUGCGACCGAAAGUUCCUAGAAGGCUUGAGGUGGACAGGCACCACAUCAAGCGGAAAAUGUGUGGCUGAGUAGCAUUACUUUUUUAGUCUUCCAUUCAAAACCAAACGUCAACCUUAAGCUGUCUGAGAAAAAGGGCCUAUCUUGAUGAGAGUGACGGUCUUCCUCUUUGAGCGUUAUCGAAGAUGGUUUUUCGAACAAAACUCAUUUGUCUUACUCUUUUUUGUAUCAUGUUGGGACAGCCUCGUCCCCAGGGUAUUUCCUUUCUGUGUGGACCGCGACACCCAAGUUUAUUUUUAAUACUUUCUAGCUGAAAAGGGAUUAGCUACCGACUUUGUGUAGUUGUUUAGCGAAACUGAAAAAGUUUUUCUUCGUGUUUAUCAGGGAUGGACAACUGAAGCGAACCUCGGUAAAACCUGAGUUCAGACAACGGAGACAAGAAGACUAUGCCAGCACUCUGAAGGUUGACUAACCAUACAACAGCUACGGAAAACUGACCCGCGCUGAGAUGAAGCAGGCGCUAGAUACCAAGCUGUUUGUCUCACCUGUACUUUGAGAAUGAAACGGGGGCUAACAAUAAUCAUUUCUUCACAAAAACAGACGGUGUCGAAAUUAAGUGCUGAUGGAAUUCGUUCGUAUGUUUUAGCAUCCGUUUUUUAUUCAUUGUCAUGAAAUUAAUGUUAAACCGAGAUUCAUAAACUCAAAAUUCCUAUUUGUGAAUGAAAAUAAGUAUAUCUGUCCAUCAUAGAGCAAGUUUAUAUUUAAGUAAGUAUAGUGUACAUGUAUCGACCAAUUUCCUCCAAACGACCGCAAGCGAGCGUCUUAUUGACUAUUUUCCAAUUCCCCAUAAUACACUCUGUCUGCCCCCCAAAUUUUGCAUAUCUUAUUGUCUUAAAAUGCUCUUGGGAAAAUGCAAUACUCCCAGGAGCAUUUAAAAACAAUGGUUUAUGCAAAAUGUGGGGGGCAAACAGAGUGUAUUAUGGGGAAUUGGAAAAUAGAGAAUAGCUAAAUAGCGAGUAGGGAGCUUUAGCAUCCUAUGGAAAGCGAUGGCAGCGAAAACUUCGCUUAAAAGGUGAACUUGCCCUGUUUAAAACUUCAUCGCUACUUUCCAAACUAGUUCAGUUUUUCAACUGCCAGCGGACUUUCUUCCAUUUAAAAUCCUGGGGACCGUAUCCAAGUUCAGGAAAUCGUUGUAUUGCGUUUACGUCGACCAUGAAACGCGAAAUUAAUUAGGAAAUUGAACGUCCUAGCUAUAGUCGAGAAGUGACGGCAAAGAUAUGCAACAAAAAUGGAUGAUGCACGUGUAGAGUUGAUGCUUUGUUUAUUAACCCUCAUGCUGCCGUUUUUUGUUGCAGUCGCCUUUGUCGUUUUCGUUAGUGCUCCCUGACUCGCAGAUGUAAUGGCCGCCUGCUCUAGGGUGGCAUUAUGGAUGAGUACUUGUCGCAUUGAAGAUUAGUUAAAGAUAUUUUUUAGGGGCGGGUAAGGUAGUGGUAACUAGGGUAUGGAUGUAAAUAAGUUUUUCUUGUAACUUCUGUAGAUUGAAUGAUAUUUUGUUAAUGUGGACUAACAACGUGAUGGGACUUCGCCGAAUGACUCACAUUUCUAAAUGCAGUAGAGUUGUAAUGUAGGAAAAAAUACAGAUUAUUUAUAACGGGAUACGGAACUUAACUUAUCGGGAUUGGGAUAUGAGGACUUUUUAAUAAUUUUAAUGGAGUAUAUUGUUUGUGUGUGAGACCGAGCAAAAAAUCAAAGGUAAACAGCAAAAGAGACAGGGAGGAAGUGUUUUCCACUUUCUGAACGCCUGGAAUAGGCUAGUUAAAGUGAAAAGUAAUCUUGAUUGUGUUGACUUGAUGAUUUGUAUACUAGCUCUCUAUCCUGGAAACUAAAGUAAAAAAGUAAGUCGGCAGUUAAAAUUCAAGUGCUAAACCCAACUAAGCUUCAGCCCCCAGUAAAGGCAGUUAUAGAAUCAGGCCAGACGAGGGAAAGGAGUUUUGUCCCCGGUGGGAAUCAAACCUGCCCACGACCUCCGGAUUACAGUCAACUCUCGCUAAGUCGCACACAUCUGGGGCCGAUACUAAGUGUCCGUCUUAGAGAGAUGUCCGUCUUAUAGAGAGUGAAAUAAAAGGAGUAAAGAAAGGCAGGGACCAACUCUAGGUGUCUGUUUUACAGAGGUGUCCGUCUUGUAGAGGUGUCCGUUAAGAGAGAGUCGACUGUAGAUCUGUUGUUGCUUUCUCGACUGAUCUACGAGGACAGACGGGUGCAAUUCGUGCGUGAUCAAUUCACCCGGACUGAUAAUCAGCUUGGGAUUAAGGCUGGGGCUAUUUGUUUUGUCUCUUUCACGCAAGGUUCCGGCUUAGCGUUGCUUGAGGAAAAAAGAAAGGCUGUCUGUGAGACUAGGGUUAUUUGUAGCAAUUGACACCUGAAUUUUCACGUCAGAUUUAAUUUUCUGUAUAUGCGAAAGUAAGUUAGCCUGAUUCUCGGCCGGUCCGAAGUCUACCUCGAGAGAAGGUAGCAGCAGUGACCAAAAGCACGAGCAAGGCCGGUUGAUACGGCAAGGGCCGCCAAAGAAAACUGAAGGGAACUAAAAUGUGGGAAAAUGUGAUGCGGACGGGGAAGUUGCGUAUAACUGCUGUAUCUCCCUUUCCUAACCCUAAGGAUAAACGGGGGGUUUGGAAAAGGGGCAUUUAGAGUACCCCCUUGCAUUUGCCACUUCCUCUCUAUCCGACAAAGGAAACAACCCGGAGAUAUAAGGUGCGGAGGGGGGAAAGUCCGUUAGUCCUUGUCUCAUGCUCACGAGCCGUCUGAGAAUCGGGCUAGAAAAAAAUUAAUAUAUCUGAAGAAAUACACAGAGACUAAUUGUAUUUUUGAAAAUGUUCAUGUAAAUUAGUUUUUACAGUCGCAGGAAAAACGCUUCUGAAAAGUUCAACCUAGGAAUAGACUGCUAGCCCUAGGUUCAGCCAGUAUUCAUGUGAUUUAAUCGACGAGAUGUCAGUACAUUACUAAAUAAAACAUGUUAUCUCAAUGGG